UUGGCUGGGGAAGCGACCAAGGGGUUAGAGGAUUUGGAGAGGAACCAGGAAUUAAAGCACAGUUAAUAAACCUUAUUCGAGCUGUACGGACCGUUAUGAGAGUGCCGUUAAUAAUGGUGAACACCGUUACAAUCGUUCUCCUCCUCUUGUUUGGUUGA